AAGUUUACGAACGACGGUUUACGAAAACAACAGUAAUGGCGGUUGUUCUACUGACGAGGCACUAAAAUGGGUGGAUCGUUGACCGUUUAUCUACCUUGUUUACGUUUCACCAAUUUUUAGUUCUGUGUAAUUUGUGUAUAGCAGAGGGGACUUGAGAACAGUCCAAGAUGCCUCCUUCUUCCGGCGAACUGUGGGGCUUCACUAUUAUGCCCAACACCGUUAUGGUGGACUGCCUCUUGCCCACUGGUGUCAUCAUCCAACUAAAUUGUGCACGUGAUGCUACUUUAGAAUCAAUUAAAGACGACUUGUGGGACAAGGCGCAGAGGUACCCACUGUACCGCCGUCUAGGUGACCCAUCAUCAUACAUCUUUGUAUCAAUCACUCGUGAUGCAGAGCGGGAGGAGUUCUACGAUGAGUCCAGGCGGCUAUGCGACCUCCAUUUAUUCCAGCCUAUUCUCAAAAUUGUCGAACCGAAAGGAAACACUGAGGAGAAGAAGUUAAAUUCUGAAAUUCGGCUAGCAAUCGGGGGCAGCGCUCACGAGUUCGACGACAUGAAAGAGCACGAAGUGGUGGACUUUCGGCGAGGCAUUCUGGCAGUUUGCAAGGAAGCCGUUGACACGAGGGAUGCAGGCAGUGACGAAUGUCGGGCUUGCUACGUAUAUCCCCCCGAGAUUGAGAGUUCUUCUCGACUUCCUUCAAAUUUAGAAAACAAAUUGGAUAAAGGUGUUGUGAUGGUCUGCGUCUGGGUGCUUACGGACACCAACGGAAAACAGACCCACACCUUAGAAGUGCACAAAGACACGCAUCCUGAGAAUGUAAUUCGAGAAGCCAUUCUCAAGAAGCUACAGAAGUGCAGCAAAUUGUCCAAAGAGGAGCAGCUUGCCAGGGCUGAAGAAUGCCAGAAGCACUACCUCCUUAAAGUGUGCGGUGUCAACCAAUACCUUCUUAAAUCUUACCCCCUGAGUCAAUACAAGUACAUCAGGAAUUGUAUCGCCAAGGGAAACAUGCCACAGCUGAUGCUGAUGCACAAAGAAGCUGUUUACAAUGCAAUUCCACGGUCUCACUACAACACGCCGUCGUACAUGAGGCGGAACGUUUCUACCACACAGCCACAAUCCACCAUCUCCCUGUACCGUGUGGAUGCAAUGUUUGGAGUUAAGAUCUUGAAUGCUUCGUAUGUCAACGUCAAGGACGUAGACAAGAUAUACGUUCGGACAGGUAUCUACCACGGCACCGAAUCUUUAUGCCCUUACCGUGAGACACAGCACGUGGCGCACACAAAUCCCAAGUGGGAUGAGCUUCUCGAGUUUGACCUCUACAUUCCUGAUAUUCCGCGCUCAGCCAGACUGUGUGUGUCCAUCUGCGCAGUAUCUCAGCGCAAAAAACGAGAGGAACGUUGUGCCAUUGCAUGGGGCAACAUAAGCCUGUUUGACUACAAGAGCGUGCUGCUGAGUGGAAAAGUCAACCUACAUUUGUGGCCUGUGCCAAAAGGAAUGGAUGAACUUCUUAAUCCUAUUGGAAGCAUUGGAUCUAACCCAAACAGAGAAGCACCGUGCCUCGUGAUUGAAAUCGAACGCUUUUCUGGGCAAGUGGUGUUCCCCACAAUGGAACAGAUAGAGGAGUACGUCAACAGCAUCAUCCGCUUGCAAAGCCAGACUGAAAAGAAUCCAGAAACCUGGAACGAAUCUGAGAAGGAGCAGAUCCAUGACGUUAUCAAGCGAGACCCCCUUUCUGAAAUUUCUGAGCAGGAAAAAAUGCUAUUGUGGAAAAUGCGUUAUUACUGCUUCUCCGUUUCUGACUCGCUGCCUAAGCUGUUGGAUGCCCUCAAGUGGAACAGCCGUGACCACGUAGCCCAGUUGUACAUCCUACUUAAUCAGUGGCCACAAGUAUCGCCCGAGACAGCAUUAGAGCUUCUGGACUGCAAAUAUGCAGACCUGUUUGUAAGAAAGCAUGCUGUCCGAUGGCUUGAUCAGUCGCUGUCAGAUGAGCUUUUGUCUCGGUAUCUCCUGCAGCUAGUACAAGUCCUAAAGUACGAACCCUAUUUGGAAAAUGAUCUCGGGAAGUUCCUAAUCAAGCGGUCCCUGCUCAAUUAUAACAUUGGACACUUCUUUUUCUGGCAUCUCAAGUCUGAGAUGCAUGACCCAGCGGUUGCCCUGCGGUUUGGCCUGCUACUAGAGGGGUUCUGCAGAGGAAUAGGCACCCAUCUAAAGUCUGUAGUGAAACAAGUGGGAGCACUGGAGAAAUUGACCCAACUGACAGAUUCUCUCAAAGAAAGGAAGGAUGACACACAAAAGGAAAGGCUAAGGUUUCUCAUGGAGCAGUUUUCCAAGCCAGACUUUCUAGAUGCCCUACAGGAAUUCCCAUCUCCUCUGAACAACAGCUGUAUCUUGGGCAAACUCGUUGUUACCGAGUGCAAGAUACUUGACUCGGCAAAGAAGCCGCUGUGGCUGCUGUGGAAAAAUCCUGACUAUUCAGUAGAGCACAUAUUAGAGCAUCAUGAAAUCAUCUUCAAAAAUGGUGAUGACCUCCGUCAGGACAUGCUCACACUGCAAGUGAUCAGGAUCAUGGACAGCAUAUGGCAGAACGAAGGCCUUGAUCUCAGAAUGAUGCCUUAUGCUUGCCUGUCAACUGGAAAGCAUGUUGGCAUGAUUGAGGUUGUUAGAAAUGCCAGAACGGUCAUGAAUAUUCAGAAGAAAGGAGGUCGCAUGGCAGCUUUCCAAGUCGACUCUACGCAGCUUCACAAGUGGAUCAGAGAGAAGAACAAAGGGAAGAGAUAUAAGCAAGCCAUUGAGACGUUCACUCUCUCAUGUGCUGGCUAUUGUGUAGCCACAUUUAUUUUAGGCAUCGGGGAUAGAAAUCCUGACAACAUCAUGGUCAAUGAGGAAGGCCAGAUAUUCCACAUAGACUUUGGGCACUUCCUCGGACACUUCAAGAAAAAGUUUGGCAUAAACAGGGAACGUGUCCCCUUUGUGCUAACUGAAGACUUCCUCUAUGUCAUAGCAAAGGGAGCUGAGAACCCAAGAAAGAGCAAGGAGUUCCAAAGCUUUCAAGAACUUUGUGGCAAGGCCUACCUCCUACUACAUCGACACGCCAACCUUCUCAUCACAUUGUUCACCAUGAUGCUGUCUACGGGAAUUCCCGAACUACAAUCUAUCGAUGACAUAAGCUAUCUACGGAAGACUCUGCAAGUAGAGAAAACUGAAGAGCAAGCCCUGGAAUACUUCCAGAACCAGUUCUUUGAGGCUUAUGGGGGUGCAUGGACCACAAAAGUGGAUUGGUUCUUCCACAGUGUAAAACAUUUCUGAGAAAGCUAGAAAACUACAUUGUUCGUGGCACGUAGGAAUAUGUGUCGCAUGUAUAAACCCUGUUCCGUACGGCA